ACGCGCAACAAUAGACGCUUGCGUUAGCGGGGGGGGAUUUAACAUGGCGCAUUAGCGUUUGUUGUGUAAAAAGCGGUCUCGCGUAUUGUUUUUAGUUAGUAAAAUUGAUAUAAAGUUGUAUAGAUAUUUGUGAUCGUGUGUGGUGUAUAGUGAAGUGUAUUGGUGAACCGUUGCAGAAUGGGAAAUAUUCACACUGUAGGACCAAAUGAGGCUCUAAUAGUUUCAGGUGGAUGCUGCGGAUCUACCAAGAAGGUGGCGGUCGUGGGCGGUUGGGCGUGGGCCUGGUGGUGCGUCACCGACGUCCAACGGCUUUCGCUGGAAGUGAUGACCCUAAACCCGCAAUGCGAGAGCGUGGAGACGGCUCAAGGGGUGCCGCUGUCGGUGACGGGGGUGGCCCAGUGCAAGAUCAUGAAGGCCGACGAGCUACUGCAGACCGCCUCCGAGCAGUUCCUAGGCAAGACGGUGAAGGAGAUCAAGAUGACCAUCCUGCAGACGCUGGAGGGCCACCUUAGAGCCAUCCUAGGAACUCUUACAGUAGAAGAGGUGUAUCGCGACAGGGACCAGUUUGCGGCGCUCGUGCGGGAGGUGGCGGCCCCCGAUGUGGGCCGCAUGGGCAUCGAAAUCCUCUCGUUCACCAUCAAGGACGUCUAUGACGAGGUGCAGUACCUCGCGUCACUCGGCAAGGCGCAGACGGCCAUGGUGAAGAGGGACGCCGACGCCGGGGUGGCAGAGGCCAAUCGGGACGCCGGGAUCAGGGAAGCGGAAUGCCAGAAAUCCGCGAUGGACAUCAAAUAUGCGACCGAUACGAAAAUCGAGGACAAUUCCAGGAUGUUCAAGCUACAGAAAGCUAAUUUCGAUCAAGAAAUCAACACUGCCAAAGCACAAGCACAGCUGGCCUACGAACUGCAAGCGGCGAAGAUCCGACAGAAAAUUCGGAACGAGGAGAUCCAAAUCGAGGUGGUCGAGCGGAAGAAGCAAAUAGAAAUAGAAGAGCAGGAGGUCAAGAGGAAGGAAGGGGAACUGAACGCCACGGUGAGGUUGCCCGCCGAGGCCGAAAGCUACCGGCUGGAAGUCAUCGCUGAAGGAAAGAGGACCCAGACGGUGAAGAACGCUCAGGCGGAGAGCGAGAAAAUCAAAAUGAUAGGCACGGCCGAAGCCUCGGCGAUCGGCAGCAUUGGCAAAGCGGAUGCAGAGAGGAUGAGGCAGAAAGCCGCCGUCUACAAGCAGUACGGGGAUGCUGCCAUUAUGGCCAUCGUUCUGGAGGCUCUUCCAAAGAUUGCGGCCGAAGUGGCAGCGCCCCUUGCUAAGACGGACGAGAUCGUGCUGAUAGGCGGUCAGGACAAUACGACCGCAGAGAUAUCCCGAUUAGUGGGACAGAUACCGCCAGCCGUCAAUGCCUUAACAGGAGUAGAUCUUUCCAAGGUUCUCGGUAGAAUCCCUGGGGCCAAAUCAGCUGCCGUUUCGUAAUUCCUGACCCGAUUCCUCCCGGGCUCUUGCAAAAUUUUGUGUUGUUAACGAGGAACGAGACUAGCACCUCUAAUAACAUUAUUACAUAUUGUAUUAUAUAUUUGAUAUUAUGGAUUUUUAGCCCGUGUAUCGCUGUUAAUUAGUUAAUUUUAAAUUGCUGUGGGCCCCAAUUUUCGGUUUAAUUUUGCACUAGUGCGGACUUCAAGGCACGUUUAUGGAUUUUCCCGGGAUUGGAAAGAUGUUCUCAGGUCUAAAUUAAAAUAAACUAGCAAAUCUUAAAAACUAUUCAGAUUCCCAUAUUUUUGUACGAAUUAUUAGUUCCGAGUGUCCCAGAAGGUUUCAUCGCCCCCCCCCCCCCCCCCCCUAAUUCAUUUAAAACUGGAUCCCUUCUCCCUAAAGUUCAUUUAGUAAGAUCUGCGAUAACCGUGUGGUGUUCAUUAUGUGUUGCGCGUAACGUCACAGAUUUACUAUUUACUGUAAAAAAAAAAAAAAAAAAAAUGAAAAUCUGUUGACGCCCAGUAGAACGAACCCAAGGGUAUAGACCUCAAAAGAUAUUUAAUGUAUUUUUCUACUCCCAAGUUCCCCUUUUCGUUUUCGUUGAUAGAGAACACCAACCAAUUAGUCUUUUUUAUAAAGUAGCUACGAAGUCGUGUUCUGUUACGGGACCCUUGCGAGAAUGCGGCGCAUUUGCUUUUCUAAAAAAAAAAGUAAAUAUUUGUGCAAGCCGAUUUUGUGUGACCUAGUCUCGACGGUACUUUUAAAUUCGUAGUCUAGUCAUCGUUUUGCCAAACGAGCCAUACCAUUUUCGAACAAAUUAAUUCCUCACGGAUCGUAACAGAACGCCGCUUUUCGAUUUGUUAUAAAAUGUUGUGCAAAUUGAGUUAUGUCUUUUAACGUGUAAAUCCUUUAAAAUAUGUAUGUCGUGCGCAUUGAAGAAAGAUUUAUACGGGUUUCUUUUGUAUUUUGGUGUACCGGACGAGUUAGCAACUCGGCCGGUACCGAUGUUAACAUUUUAUCAUUGUUUGUGAAACAUUUUUUAUCUGUAGUGUAAUUUCUUUUAUUCCGACGGCCAAUUAAGUUAAGAACGAUUCCCAAAUGUCUUCGUAUUCCGACCAUUCCCAGCGUCUCGCUGCUCCCACUUUCGCGUUUCGUCCCACUUCUGAUUUCUUAAUUUAUUUGGCCGUUGCUGUUUUACUGUACAGGGCGGUCACAAGAUAACAUUUCAGUGUGUCGGUUAAUUUCUUUCCCUUUUUUUUUUUGAUUUUUGCAAAGGAUGAUCAAAUUUCCGUGUGUUUUGCGACCGCCUUCGAUGAUGUUGGAGUUACAUAAAAUAUGCAACGUACAGGCUUUUGCAUCGGGGUGACGUGGUUAAUUUUUUGCUAUAACAUGAUAGAAAAAAAAACAGCGCAAAUUAAUACAUUUACGUGAUUUAUUUUAUUACUUGGAAAAAAAAAUUAAACUAAUUUAAGAUGCUUCGUUUGAAGCAACGUUAAUUUUUUUUAAUUUAAGCAAGCCAACACUCCAGUGGUACAGCAAAUUAUCUUCGUUACCCCAUAUGUGAUUUUUUUUUGUGAAAAAAGGCAAUAAUCCGCGUUAUCGACUGAUGUAACUCCCAUAAGCGGAUAACACAUGUACGAGAUCAAGACCGUGGCAGCAAUGGUGGUCGCGAUCGUAAUCGCCUUUGUCAGAGAACACACUCGCGCUACGGCGGAAGUACAGUACUACUUAGCGCAUUGUUGGAUGAAGAACCGCUACUCAAUAAACGAAUUAGAUUAAUCACGUAAUGUAAUAAAAUUAGAAAAUUAAUAUAAAUUUAUUAUUUCAACUAAUGCCGUUUUGUGAACGCCAAAAAGUCGCAAUAAGUUGUGUGCGGUCUCUUUUGUUUAUUAAAGACGAAUACAAUCGCGGUCGCAUCGCCAUCUCGAUCGUGAUCGCGUAGAUGUGUUCUCCGCUGUAAUUGUAUAUCUGUGGACGCCAUUUGGAAGAAGUGGUCAUGAGCAUACCUCAGGCGCAAUAUUCAUUGAGAAAUACGUAGUAGGCUCGGACAUCGCGUCGCUUUAGUGCCACCAAAUGUCGUCCACGUGUUCAUAUUUCCAACUCUCUCUCUCUCUCUCCGCUAACAUGUAUCAUAGAUGUGAAAUUUGUUCUAUUAUACCCACGUGUGAAUGAUUAUUUUAAUAAAUGCAUACGCAAAUUA